UGCCUCGCAUAUCCAGACAGAAGUAGAUGUUGUUGCAAUUCACGGGCUCGGAGGCCAUGCCUGCAAGACUUGGAGAGACGGGGAAAAGCUGUGGCUUAGGGACUUUCUCCCUCACGAUGUUCCAAAUGCUCGAGUUUUGACCUUUGGGUAUAAUGCUGCUGUCGCUUUUACGCAGUCCAAGUCUAACAUUAGGGACUUUGCAACUUCGCUUCUCGAGGGAAUCCGCAACUUUCGGCGCAAGAACAAAGAAGCAGACCGAAAAAUGAUCUUCGUAUGUCAUAGUCUUGGAGGCAUCGUGUUCAAACAGGCGCUUGUAAUUGCGCACGAAAAAGAAACUCGUUAUGGUUCGAUUGAGGAAGCAGUGGCGGGUGUCAUCUUCCUCGGAACACCUCAUCGAGGGGCCGAUAUUGCAUACUGGUCCAAGUUAUUAGCUAAGUUUGCCAACGUUUUGACUGCUGGUAAGAUGCGCGAGGAUCUACUGAAAGCUCUUGCCCCAAAGUCCACUGAACUCGGGACCAUCUGCUCCCAAUUUGUCGAGCGAGGCAUGAGGCUUCAGAUCUUCAGUCUUUAUGAGAGGCAUGAAACUUCUGGCUUAGGUUCUCUGGUCGUUGAUGAAUUCUCUGCCAUUUUGCAUCUCCCCAACGAGACUCCGAUACCUAUGGAAGCUGAUCAUAGGGGUUUGUGCAAGUACCUGACGCCCUCUGACUCUUGCUAUCGGACUGUGUUCAACUGUAUUGAGGAGUUGAUGGAUAGCUUGAUUGAGACUUCAGAACAGCCUUGUAGGUAGAAAUAGCACAAGCUUCAUGUGGCUUGUACGGCAAUCCAACUGAUGUUGGCUCGUUACAGACUUUGAUUCAUCCCAACGCGAAUUUCUCUCCAAGCUCAGAGCUGUUGACCAUGAUACUGUCCUAAGCAAGAUACCGG